GAGAUCGAGCUCGGUCACAGAACGCAUCGUUAAAAAUUGGCGGGAAACUCGCGUAUGCAAUGACAUUUUUUGACCACAGACUGUAAUUACUUUUUAUCACUGGUUGACAACUUCCCACAGUGUAUGAAGAUGUAGUUUUAUUUUUUGUUUAUGUUUAUAACCAGUUUUCGUGUUGUGAUAUUACCAUGAAGUUUUUAGUAUUUAUAAUAUUGGCACGUUAUUUUGUGCGCUGCGAUGAUGACAGUAACAACUAUUACGUCAUUGAACUGCCGGAGGACGUGCCCCGAGACUACAAAAAGCCAUUCCGAGUUUACUGGAACGUACCCACAAUGCAAUGCAAAUCGAAAAAAAUACUUUUCAACAACCUGCAUGAAAAAUACGGCAUAAUACAGAACAAAGACGACAAAUUCCUUGGUGAUAAAAUAUCUAUACUCUAUGACCCGGGAUUGUUUCCCGCGCUAUUGAAGAAUGAAAGUAGCGGCAAAUUUAAAUUUCGAAACGGUGGCGUUCCACAAGAGGGUGAUCUGGAUGAGCACUUGGCUGCAUUCAAGAACACGGUGUCACAGAGUAUACCUGACCUAGAUUUUAGCGGGAUAGGUAUAAUAGACUUUGAGUCUUGGCGACCAGUGUUUAGACAGAACUUUGGAGUGCUGGUGCCGUAUAAAGAUGUAUCGUUUGAAAUAGAGAAGAAGAGACACUGGUGGUGGCCUAAAGAAUGGAUUAUGGCUGAGGCAAAGCUUCGAUUCGAAGAUUUUGGACGGAUUUUUAUGCAAAAGACGCUAGAAAUCGCUAAGCAGUUGCGGCCAAAAGCAGUCUGGGGAUACUAUGCCUACCCUUACUGCUAUAACAUGGCCAGUAACAACAUGGUUGAAAAUUGCCCGACCAAAGUUCAAGAUGAAAACGACAAGACAUAUUGGCUGUGGGCAGAAAGCACUGCUUUGUUUCCGUCUGUAUACAGCUCUGAAAAUCUGUCAUCUUCUGAGUUGGCGAGCCUCAUCAGAGGUAGAAUGAAGGAAGCUUCGCGAUCUAAGCCAGGAUCGCUGAUUUUGCCAUACUUCUGGUACCGAUACCGUGAUGGAGGAUUUUUAAAUGAGCGCGAUUUAUCAACAGCACUUAAGACGUUAUAUAAGUCAAAUGCAUCAGGAUUUAUCAUUUGGGGAAGUUCUAAGGAUGUAAAUACCGUGGAUAAAUGCAAAAAGUUAAAAGACUAUGUUGAUACGACGUUUGGUCCUUUCAUUGCCAAGUACACUAAAAACACUAAUAGAAUUAAUGAUGACACAUUCAGUGAUAUGGAUACUACUGAAGAUUCGCAAACAGUUACUGACCAGUCAUUAGAAAAUAAUACAACGAAAACAAGACUUGUAGAAAUGGAUCCAGAGUAUCAUUGGCUACCACCAGAAAACUACAAAUUCGAUAUUAUACAAAAUGUAGAACAAGAAUUUACAAAAAAAGGGUACAAAGCUUCAAACCAAAGUGAUUCCAAUAUGGUAGCUUCAAUAAAUAUUAAUAAUAGUAUAAUUCUAGAUACAAUCCUAAAGCUUCGAAACGGUGACAUGGUUGAAUCUAGUACAACUAAGAAUCCUAAAUUGGCUUAUACUAGCAGUAAAGAUGUAGAUUCUACUAAAACUUCAACAGAAUUGCUUAAUACAAUUGAUUCAUUCAGUGAUAUAAAUAAUCAAGAAACUACUUCAGAAACUUCUGAUUUUACCACAGAGGCUAUCUUAACAUCAACGUAUGUAUAUAAAAGUACAGAUCUCACUACAGAAAUAGAUCUAGUAAAUAGCAAUGAGUUUAUGAUAUCAACAUUACAAAACUCAAACGCUGUUGAAACUACGAGUGAAGGUAAUAAUGUAGAAAUAAGUAGUGAAGUAAAUGAAUUUGUUGAAAAAACGAGUACUAUGAAUGCAAUUACAACUGAAGAUUAUUCAGAUAUUUUAAAUGAUACUUACAUUGAAGAAACCACAAGAGCAUCGCCAACUACAUCACACGCAGAACAGGAAAUCGACUCGAGCGCUCCAAUGUCUACUUCCAGCUUCAUUUAUUCAAUUUAUACAAUAUUAUAUUUAAUACAUUAAAGUCAGAUUGUUGUAUAAGACAACUAGAGCUGAUAAAUUUUAAGUUUAAGUGGACUGUAUUUCAAAUUAACUAGGAUAAGAUUUAAUGGUGACUUAUUUGAUCUUCAUCAAUGAUCAAUAUCCACAUAUGAAUGAAAGUGUUGCUCCACUAUGUCUCGCCCUUCGUGCUUCGAGAUAGAAUUUUAAUUAGCACCGCUUAACUUUGAUGGAUUUCAAAACAACGACAAGAGUUGGGUUUUAACACUGCACUGAGGAAACAAGUCUUCUCGGAGGCGGUCGGGUAUAGAGUGCUCGACUUUGAGCGUCGAGCAGCGUGGAGCCGGGGUUCGGCAGCUGUCAAUUCAACAAAAAGAGGGUAAUUGAGAUAUUUUUUUUUAGUGGUCACCUUUUCAUACAAUGUAUUUGCAUAAGAUAAUGUACAAUGUAGUGUAUAGGCAGAUGCCAAUACACACAAGUGAUGUAUAGAAGUUUUUUAAAUAUUUUACUGUCAAUUAAUUAUUUGAUUAUUGAUAUUGUGAUUAUUUAUAUGACCAAUUAUCGUACAGUUUUAAAGCUUUUAAAAUGUUGCUUCCCCCUCAAGCUCAUUUAUACGGGAGACGUUUGGAUGUUUGACUAGUGGUUUGUCUAGCCUGAACAUAAAAUAAACUCUUACCACAUUAUUGAUAAAUCAUCAAUAUAACAAUAUAGUUAGCGCAUUUUGGGACUCAGGUUCAUUAACGAUGUGUAAAUUUUACUUAUAUCCAUUCUAGUAAUAUUGACACGGGAGUGGGUCAGGGAUUGGAAAUAAUACUCCGCUUAUAGGAACGAGUCUUUAUUUGCGUUCACAUUUUCUGAACUUGCACUUCGCCGGUCUGCCGCUGUUCCUCUUGUGGGCGGCGGUACCUUCAACGCGUCACACUGCACCGAACACUACUUCUCUUCUGUCUUCUUCUUCUUAGAAUACUUCCACUUUUUACUACUUCUUCUUUUCUUCUUCUUCUUCUUUACACUUUCGAGUCAGAACUAGAACUGCCGUAGGCCACGCUUAGUACGGCUUAUAUACCCCCGGAUCCGUUCUAUUUUCAAAAUGAUUCUCCCAUUCCAUCUUUAAAUUUAAAUUGUACUAGAAAAUUCUUUUAACUAUUUUUAUCCUGCUUACACAUUUUCCAUCCCUUUUUUUCUGUUCGAUUUGAUCCUGAACUUACUAGAAAUUUCCUUUAACUUUACAAAACCCAAAAAAAUCCAUACACUGGUAGGUGUAUCGAACCCGGGUCUACAGCGUCCAAAGUAAACACUUUUCCGCUGAGCUACGAGUAUUGCUGACGGAGCUGUUGAAAUUAACAAUGUCUUGAAGUUUGACAACUCUUGUCAUAUACUUCGAAGGGUUGCUACGCAACAAUAUUACACUGACCUCUACUAUAUACCACUGGACUUGCGGCUGUCAAAAUGCUUUUGUGCCUGUUUGAUUUUCGUCAUUUUGGCGCUGUUGGCCAUGAAGCGAGAGUCUGCGGUACUAAAACUAGUGAUGAAAACCUUACCAAACAUCGAUAGAUGGUGGGAAACUAUUUCCAAAAAAAAUGUGUACUUAAUUACAUUGAUUCUACGAAGUUUAAGUAACACGGAAAACAAACGAAAUUAAUUCAAAAUGCAAAUAUAUUUCAGAGUAUUGUACGUUCCUUCGCAGCCAUUCGUAUUAUACGUCAAAAGUAGUUCUGUGAACGGUCGCGAGUGGCGCUUCAAAUAGGCACAAAUUUUGCUGUCAAAUAUAGAUAUAUGGAGCAGCCUGUCCAGUGGUAUUGUACUCAAUCUCUUACAUAGGUUUAAAGUCUCUGUUUCUCUGACACAAUUCGUUAUGUCUUCUUGACUGGUACGCAGACGGUACGGUCUUCCAUUGCUUUUACAAUUGCCUCGCUUAUUCUACUCGCAUCAACCCUUUCAUAUACUCGCUUUAUUAUUUUCGGUUCACUUGAUCUGAACCCUUCUCAGCAGCAUUAUCUUUGAUCUGAAUUUGAAUUUUCAAUAAUAUAUUCAAAAUUACACGUGAGAAACGAUGAAAUAUUGACACCGUGUUUUUAUGUCAAGUCUUAGUAUAUAAAGUACAUUCGUAUCUGCCGUUAUUUAAUCUGUGAUAUUUAGUAUUUUUUAUUUAGUUAGAACCUAUUAUUGUACAAAUAUUAUUACUUACUAACAUAAUGUUAAGAAUAAAUAUAUUUUAAUCAUCAUUUCAAUAAA